AUGGCCGACCGCGAUAUCCUCCCGAGCGACUUCAAACCAAGUCACUAUGACCUGAAUAUCAAGGAUCUGAACUUCAAUGACUGGUCCUACAAGGGAACUGUGGCUAUCUCUGGCCAGCUGGUCAAUCCUACAAAAGAGAUUGUCCUCAAUGCCAUUGAGCUCACGUUUCUAACGGCGAAGCUCACUGUUGAUACUGGCAAGACUGACCAAACAUGGGAAACCACCGAGUUCACCGACGAUGCCAAGAAGCAGCGAGCCACCAUCACCUUUCCCGAGGAGCUGCCGCCUUCAACCAAGGCUGUCCUGACUAUUGAGUUUACUGGUCUUCUCAACCAUGACAUGGCAGGCUUCUAUCGCAGCCAAUACAAGCCCACAGCCCCAGCCGCCGCCAGCGUGCCCCGUGACGAUGAGUUCCACUACAUGCUCAGCACCCAGUUUGAGUCUUGCGAUGCCCGUCGGGCCUUCCCCUGCUUCGAUGAGCCGAAUCUAAAGGCCACCUUUGACUUUACUAUUGAGAUUCCCCGCGACCAGGUGGCGCUCUCCAACAUGCCCGAGAAGGAGACCACUCUCGUCGAUGGGGACAAGAAGGUCAUCGCCUUUGAGACCACCCCUAUCAUGAGCACGUAUCUGCUCGCCUGGGCUGUCGGCGACUUUGAGUACCUCGAGGCCUUUACCGAGCGGCGAUACAACGGCAAGCAGCUCCCUGUCCGCGUUUACACGACCCGCGGCUUGAAGGAACAAGGCCGCUGGGCGUUGGAACACGCCCCCAAGAUCAUCGACUUCUUCUCAGAGCAGUUUGAGCUCGACUACCCGCUGCCCAAGAGCGACAUCUUGGCCGUGCACGAGUUCACACACGGCGCUAUGGAGAACUGGGGUCUGGUGACGUACCGGCUGACGGCCAUCCUGUUCGACGAGAAGCUCUCCGAGGCGCGCUUCCGAAACCGCGUUGCCUACGUCGUCGCGCACGAACUUGCCCACCAGUGGUUCGGAAACUUGGUCACCAUGGACUGGUGGGACGAACUAUGGCUGAACGAGGGAUUCGCCACCUGGGCUGGCUGGCUCGCAACAGACUACCUCCAUCCAGACUGGGAGGUGUGGCCGCAGUUCGUCAACGAGGGAAUGGAGCAAGCUUUCUCGCUGGAUUCUGUUCGGGCUUCGCACCCGAUCCAGGUCGCAGUGCGUGAUGCGCUCGACGUCAACCAGAUCUUCGACCGAAUCAGCUACCUGAAGGGGUGCUCUAUGAUUCGCAUGCUGGCUUCUCACCUGGGCAUCAAGACUUUCCUCAAGGGCAUCGCUAUCUACCUCAAGAAGUAUGCAUAUCAAAACGCCAAGACGGAAGCUCUGUGGUCGGCCCUGAGCGAGGCGUCCGGGACAGAUGUCAACGCCCUUAUGGGGUCGUGGAUCGAGAAGAUCGGCUUCCCUGUGCUCACCGUGGCAGAAGAGCCGGGCCAGAUCACGAUUAAGCAGUCUCGAUUCCUUUCCACCGGAGAUGUCAAGGCUGAGGAUGACGAGACCAUCUGGUGGGUGCCCUUGUCUCUUCAGGGGAAGACGGGGGUGCAGGGAAUCGAGUCUCUGGCCCUCACUACCAAGGAUUCCACCAUUCGAGGCGUCGAUGAGAGCUUCUACCUCCUGAAUGCAAAUGCUACGGGGUUCUACCGUGUCAACUACCCGCCCCAGCGCCUGCAGACCCUCAGCACUCAGCUCGAUCGGUUGGCUGUCGAGGACAAGAUCUUCAUCACCGGCUCAGCAGCGGACCUUGCGUUUUCAGGGGACGGCACUACCCCUGCUCUCCUUUCCUUCAUCCAGGGGUUCAAGAAUGAGACGCACUUCCGUGUCCUAAAUCAAGCUCUCGACACUAUUGGCUUGGUGAAGUCUGUCUUUGGCGCCGACGAAGUCAUCAAGAAGGCCCUCGAGAAGUUCACGUUGCGGCUGACGGAGAACGCCCUGAAGAAGGUCGGCCUUGAGCCCGUCGAGGGUGAAGACUUCAACACUGCUCUUUUGCGGAAGAGACUGCUGCUCACCGCCGUUGGCAACGGCCACGAAGAAGUGAUUGCCGACUUCUCCGCCCGCUUCGAUGCUCACCAGGCCGACCCUGCAUCGGCUGCCAUUCACGCCGACCUCAGGUCUCCCGUCUACCGUGCCGCCAUCCGGACCAACGCCUCCGCCACCGUGGCCGCGCUCAAGAAGGAGUGGUUCUCCACCCCGGCCAUCGACGGCAAGGAGAUCUGCCUGUCCGCCAUCGGCCACGUCGGCGACGCUGACGUCAUCUCCUCCGUCGUCCUGCCUUUCCUCUUCAGCGCCUCUCCCCCGGCGCCGGCCAGCGAGUCCGUCCCCGGCGGUGACAUGCACAUCCUCGCCACGGCCAUGGCGGCGAACCGACAGGCUCGGCCGCUGCUGUGGGCCUACAUGAGGGACAACUGGGCGGAGCUGACGUCCAAGCUGGGCGGCAACCCGAUCCUGCUGGACCGCAUGAUCAACGUCAGCCUGGGCAAGUUCAGCGACCGGGCCACGCUGGCGGACAUUGAGGGGUUCUUCGACCAAAGGAGCACGAAGGGCUUCGACCGCACGCUCGAGAUAGUCAAGGAUAAGAUCCGCGGCAGGGCUGCGUACUGGGAGAGGGACGCGGGCGCCGUGCGGGAGUGGCUGGGCGCGAAUGGGUAUGCUUGA